GAUCCUGCCCAGUUACUCGCGCCCGCCAGCCUCAGCUGCAGCUUUUCUGCCCACGGAGAGACUCCCAAGCCUGCUCCAGCAAUGGCCUUUGCAAAUCUGCGGAAAGUGCUCAUCAGUGAGAGCCUGGACCCUUGCUGCCGCAAGAUCCUGCAAGAUGGAGGUCUGCAGGUGGUGGAGAAGCAGAACCUGAGCAAAGAGGAGCUGAUAGCGGAGCUGCAGGACUGUGAAGGCCUCAUAGUCCGCUCAGCCACCAAGGUGACCGCGGACGUCAUCAACGCGGCCGAGAAGCUGCAGGUGGUGGGCAGGGCCGGCACGGGCGUGGACAACGUGGACCUGGAGGCCGCCACGAGGAAAGGUGUGCUGGUCAUGAACACCCCCAAUGGGAACAGCCUCAGCGCUGCAGAGCUGACCUGCGGGAUGAUCAUGUGCCUGGCCAGGCAGAUUCCCCAGGCGACGGCUUCCAUGAAGGGCGGCAAGUGGGAGCGGAAGAAGUUCAUGGGAACAGAGCUGAAUGGAAAGACCCUGGGGAUUCUAGGCCUGGGCAGGAUUGGGCGAGAGGUGGCCACCCGGAUGCAGGCCUUUGGAAUGAAGACUAUAGGAUACGACCCCAUCAUUUCUCCGGAUGUCUCGGCCUCCUUUGGUGUUCAGCAGCUGCCCCUGGAGAAGAUCUGGCCGCUGUGUGACUUCAUCACAGUGCACACCCCUCUCUUGCCCUCCACCACAGGCUUGCUGAAUGACAGCACCUUCGCCCAGUGCAAGAAGGGGGUGCGGGUGGUGAACUGCGCCCGCGGAGGCAUCGUGGACGAAGGCGCCCUGCUCCGGGCCCUGCAGUCCGGCCAGUGCGCUGGAGCCGCGCUGGACGUGUUCACAGAGGAGCCGCCACGGGACCGAGCCUUGGUGGACCACGAGAAUGUCAUCAGCUGCCCGCACCUGGGUGCCAGCACCAGGGAGGCCCAGAGCCGCUGCGGGGAGGAAAUCGCCAUCCAGUUCGUGGACAUGAUGAAGGGGAAGUCUCUAGUGGGGGUGGUGAAUGCUGAGGCCCUGACCAGUGCCUUCUCUCCACACACCAAGCCUUGGAUUGGCCUGGCAGAAGCUCUGGGGACUCUGAUGCGAGCCUGGGCUGGAUCCCCCAAAGGGACCAUCCAGGUGGUGACACAGGGAGCAUCCCUGAAGAAUGCCGGGAACUGCCUAAGCCCCGCUGUCAUAGUCGGCCUCCUGAAAGAAGCUUCCAAGCAGGCGGAAGUGAACUUGGUGAACGCCAAGCUGCUGGUGAAGGAGGCUGGCCUCGCUGUCACCACCUCCCACAGCAACGCUGCGGCAGGGGAGCAGGGCAGUGGGGAAUGCGUCCUGACCGUGGCCUUGGCAGGUGCCCCCUACCAGGCUGUGGGCUCGGUCCAGGGCACCACGCCUGUGCUGCAGGCACUCAACGGAGCUGUUUUCAGGCCGGAAGUGCCUCUCCGCCAGGGCCUGCCCCUGCUCUUGUUCCGGGCUCAGCCCUCCAACCCGGCUCUGCUGCCUACGAUGAUUGGACUCCUGGCAGAGGCAGGCGUGCAGCUGCUGUCCUACCAGACCUCGAUGGUGUCGGAUGGAGAGACCUGGCACGUCAUGGGCAUCUCCUCCCUGCUGCCCAGCCUGGAGGAGUGGCGGCAGCAUGUGACCCAGGCCUUCCAGUUCCACUUCUAGACGUGGGCUCACUGUCCCAGCCUCCAGGCCUUCCUGAAGAUGCAUAGCCACUGUGACCGACAGGGUGACAGCUGCUCUAUCUCACCCUGUAGGACCCCAAUAGCCACCUAAUAAAGAGCCCGCUCCCAA